AUGUAUUGUAUAGACAAAAUCGAUGACGGAAUCUUCUUAGGAAAUGAAGCGGUUGCGUUGAGACAGGAGAUUCUGAAAGAAAACGGAAUUACGCAUAUUAUUAUUGCUGCGAAAGAGCUUGAACCCCAUUUUGAAGGGACUUUUGUGUAUAAAAAGAUCGACGCUUAUGACCAGUCCAGCUCAGAUAUCACGAAAUUUUUCGAAGAGUGCAACAAUUUCAUAGAUGAAGCGCUUGCAAAUGAUGGCAGAGUUCUAAUUCACUGUUAUCAAGGAGUUUCAAGAAGCUGUGCGGUUGCAGCUGCUUAUUUAAUUUCAAAAAGAGGUUAUAGCUGCAAACUUGCCUUAGAUUACAUAAAGAAAAAGCAUUAUGAAUGCUGCCCUAAUAAUGGCUUUAAAGAACAGCUCGAAGCAUAUUACCGAAGUCUUCAAAAAAUGAAAUCUAACGGCGAAGAAGUCAAGUCCUCAAGAUGCCAUUGCCUCAUAUUUUAA